UCAAAAUCUCGCCAUAUAUAUUAUGUACUCGCAAUUACUGACAGGAGUCGGGCCAAAGUUUUAUUGCUGCCGAUAUUUAAAAUGGUUUCUUUAAGUAAAGUGUAACAGCUGUUAUCACAAAUGGCGACAGCAAAUUUUGUCGUAGUUCGUCGUACUAUAUCGCAAACCCUUGUCCCAUACAAAAACGUUGAAGAUAGGCUGCUUUCGAAACAAUCCACAGACUUGAAAAGCUCGAGUCUCGGAGAGUCGUGUUCAACAAACAAUGUCACAACUUGUGGUGAAAACAAAACCAAACAUAAUACAUCAAAGGCGAAUUCCAACUUAGAACGUAGCCGCUCCGAAGUUUGUUUGAGGCGCAGGAGUUAUCACUAUCGGGACAAAUCCUUAGACGCUCUCGAAGAAAGAAACGAGAACGACUUUUGUGUAAAACCGAUUGUUAGAAGACCCGAAACAAGAAAAACAAACAAAGCAAGACCACAGUCUGAUUUCUUUCCCGAAUUUUCGCUAGUCAAGGAAAGGGAUGGUUCUCGCCCAAAACACGAAACAACUGAAGCGGGAAGACGAAUGGGACGAUGCAUUAAUAAGUUACGUCGUGAAAUGAUCUCCUUACAGAAGCAAGAUCAAGCACUCUUGAAACAAUUGACAUCAUUGAGCGGUCAUAUACAAGAUCUGAAGGAGUUCGUGAUGGCACGAAGUUUUAUGUAUGGAUCGUUUCAAAAUUUAGACGAGAUGAAGCAAACAUCUCCCUCAUCCGAUCAAACCUCUUCAAAAAGAGAAUUGUCAAGCGCGAACAAGAACAAUUCAGUUCCUUUUAAAGCGAUCAGAAGUAACGUUAACGGAUUGCUGGAGACAUCUUUUGAAUACGAAGAAGAUGCCUGUGGUACUUCAUCCUCCCCUGAAAAAGCAGACUCCGGUAGACGAGAGAUGACGAAAAGACGACCGCUGUCCAUAGCAGUUACGGACGUCUCAAAAAGAAGAAAAUCGUGGCCGCAACGCUUGGUAAGGCGAUCUGUAAGCUGUCAACAUUUGAGUAUUAGACAACGGGAAAACAUUUUUAGCAAUUCACAUGAAAGUGCGCACAAAAACGGACCGACUUCAAAGACAGUUUCACAGACAGACUUAAAAAACACAAAAGUGAUUGUGCAUGAUAAUCACAUGAAGCAAAAAUCGCUAUCUUUGUCUCAUUUAAGAAAGGUAACGAAAGGAACUGAUGGUUCUACGAGUGAGAGCGAAUGCUCGACCUCGGGAUGUUACGGAGACUCGUCCACCGGAAGCGAUGCCGACUUGGAACGAAUGUAUUUUGGCACCAGAACUCCAGCAAUUUAUGAAAACAAAGAUAUUGUUCACGAGUUGAACAGUUCGCAUUUGAAAGUGGUGGGAAGGAACUUUCGACAAAUGGAUGAGCAUAAAAAAUUUGCGCAGAAAAUAGUUUCAGUAUAGUUUUUAAUUCGAUUUAUAGUUGUUGCAUAUGAUGAAGAUGCGAGAAAUCGAGUGAACGGAUUUAGCUGUGACGGAUUAACCUAGUCGGUCUGCUUUGCUGGAUGUGAUAAAUCGAGUGGAUUUACUUAUAACGGACAAACGUGGGUGGUCUGUUUUGUCGAUUGUUGAAGAUUAAGAAUUUAAGAUAUGAUAAAUUAAUAUCUAUAAUCCUAAAAGAUUUAACAAAGAGAAAAAGAUCUUCACCAUGAAAUCGUGAAUUGAAGUUUCUUGCUUUGUUUGGAGGUUCCCCGGUCGAUAUGCAUGCCUCUCAUGAUAUCACAUACGUGUCUUUUGCUAUUUCCGCUUCAUUGCAUCUGUGCAAGGUCACUCCAAAACCAUCUAGUGAGGAAUGUAUGAGUAUGAAUACAAUUGUCAAAGCGGAAAUAAAGUUUUUGAGCCAGAGACUAGAGAUACAUAUGAUGAAAAAUAUUUUCACGAGCUUCAACAAAACCAAUGAAAAGGAAUUAACUAUUGCUUGCAAUUUCCUGACAAUAAGAAUUGAGGAUAUUCUUUUCAUAUUCAGAUCACACUAGCAACAUUAGUCAAAACGACUCAAACAAUAAAAUUGGCUCAUACAGACUGUCUUCUAUUUCGUGCUUUCCUUAACUAUAAUGGCGAUACAAGUUAACGAAAUGGAACAAUGUCAAAUGAUGGCAAACUCAGAGAAUGGCGACGAAACUAAACGUAGCUGGAAAAGAUGGAUUUUGUAUUUGUGUUUACUUCUGACGUUGUCAUUGGUAGUAGCAGCAGGUGUUAUCUACUAUGAAGUUUACAGGUUUCCACGAAUAAACGACGAAUUACACCGUUUAAGGAAUAGCAAUCAAGAAGUACUUGCUUUGUUCCACAAAACGAAAGCUGUUGAAGAGAAGAAUUUGAGAUUUGAAAACGCGACUCGUCGAGAUCAUCUUGCUUUGAAGCGAGCCUUGAAUAAAGCGGAGUCAGAUUUACAAAUUAUGAUUCGUACUGAAAUACGACAAACUAAUGCAAGUUCUCACUUCGCUCUGAAAAAUGCAGUCAAAAAGUUGCGCUCUGCUUUCGAAAAAGUCGAAUUGGCAAUUAACAGCACCAACACAAAACUUGAGGAUAUUGCUAGAAUAUCAAAUAAACAAACAGCAAUGGAAGCAGAUUUUUCUAAAGCGAAGGCAGAAUUCCAAGAAAAAACCCGGCAACAAGACGUUGAAAUAUCUGACUCCGACCAAAAAAUUGCACGUUUACAGAAGAAGAUCACAACUUUGCAAUCUACUUUGGAUUCAAUUCAUUCAAAACCAAUCGAUAUCUCCCAAAUAAAAAUGGAACUUUCGUCAUUGAAAAAGACUGUCAAUGAAAUGAAGAACACUGCAAUACAUCUAUUCAGUUUCAAACUAUAUCAUGCAUUUAUUUGGGCAUGUGGUGUAGCUUUUGUGUACAUUUUAUAUUAAUGUAGUUUGAACAUAUGAACUCAUUCACCUCCGCGCGUUGAUAGUGCGUAAUAUUAGCUACUGGCAUAUUGAUUUAUUUAAAAUUGUUCCAGAUUGUUGUUAUGUCUACAAAAAAGUAUUAAAAAAUCGGCCGACUUUGAGGAUGA